AUGUCACAUUCUGGCGCACCGAUCCCACAUCCAGCGGGGGGUGCGGCACUACAGCUGCAUCGACGAACUCCUGGAGGAGCCGUAAAUGAAGGAUCGCAGGGACAUCGCGUCUCUGUUAAGAGUAACAUGUUCCAAGCUCAGGUUCCUGGAGUGCAGUUCACGCAUUAUGACGGUACGUUGUCGAUGAAGUUGUGGAUUUUCUCUACACUCCCUGGUGUGCUUACACUUCCCAAACCCAUAGUCACGUUCGAUCUGCCCCUCCGUCGCAAUGCUUCGAAAAAGAAUAUGGCGUCAAAUCCCGAGGAACAAGAAGAUCCCUACCCCCCUGUGAAAGCCGCUCAUAAAUUCAUAGAUCACCUGCAGCUUAGGCAUGCUCCAGACUUGUUUAACCCUCGCGGCGCUUAUGACGGGCGCCGAAAUUUAUUCAUGUAUGACUCGCGGGUCGGGAGUGAAAGAACAUUUGAGUUUAGUAUGAAUUCCGGAAGCGAUCGAAAGUACAAGGUGAGCCUUAAGCGAGUAGGGAUGAUCGAUACCUCAGUUCUUAAAGACUUGGUUCGGGGAUCCCAAGGGCCUCAAUCUGACAUCGCCGUGACCGCGGUCAACACGCUUGUCCGUGUGGUUCCCAGCCAAAAAGAUGUUCUGGCAACUCGAAGAUCUUUUUUCCAAAUACAUAAAGACACCAAACCCCUUGGGGGCGGCCUGGAACUCUUGCGGGGAUGGUACCAGAGUGUUCGUCCGGCAAUCGGAAAAAUGGUCAUUAACAUCGAUACCGCGAAUGCUGUUAUGAUUAAAGCAGGCUCCUUGCUUAACGUAUGCGUCGACUUCUUAGUCGACGAACACUCAAAAAACCAUGUCAACGUCCGAUCGAUCCUCGAUCCAAUGCAUCUUUCUGACAUAAAACUAAAGCAAUUAAACAGACUGCUCAAAGGAAAACGUCUGGUUAGAAACGGAAACCAUCCCGGGUACCGCCAGCUCACUGCGGGUGGGAUGAGGAAAGAAAGUGUUAUCGAGAAAAUUGAACAAACGAGCGCAGAUCGAUAUCUGUUCCGGAACGAGCGUGGAGAUGAGCUCUCUGUUAAGCAAUAUUUUCAAGGGUUGGGAAAAGCACUUGAUUAUCCAACCAUUGCUUGUGUGAGAUUAAAGUCUCAACAUGGAGAUGUCAUUGUACCUCUCGAGUUGUAUGAUGUCCUGCCUGGCCAGCUCUACAAGUCCAAACUGUCUUCCGACGCAACGGCCAACAUGAUUAAGUUCACCAAGCUGUCACCAAUCGACCGGGAAAGAUUUAUUCAUGAAGGCCACAAGUUCAUGGGAUACGAUCAGGAUUACGUAGCGAGGACUGGGAUGACAGUGGACUCUCAGUUGCAGGAGAUUCGCGGGCGAGUACUUGACCCGCCGAUGAUUUAUUUAGGAGAGGACAAUAUCACGCCUUCGGGAGGCUCGUGGAACAUGUUGAACAAGAAGCUCUUCCGACCAGGGAGGAUCAAGGCAUGGGGUUUCGUUGAUUUCGAAAAUCAAAAUCCCCGGAAGGACGCGGGACGGUCUCAAGCUGUCCGGAGGUCGUUAGUUGUACCCCUUAUGGACGUCCUUCGGAGAUUAGGAAUGAGAGUGGACACCGAUCCCUACUACUCGGACCAAAUAUCCAUCCAGGGCAAUAUUUCCUCGGAACUAGAUAGUUUCCACACUCAAGUAGUAAACCACGCCAUGACGCAGUACCAGAGGCAGGGACGAGGCGAAGACGUGAAUAUUGCACCAGAGGAAACUCUCGUUGUUGCCUUGCUGAGGAUGCCACAUAACGAAAUUCGAGACCAGUUCAAACGAUGGGGCGACAUACUUCGUGGUGUUCCGACUCAGAUCAUCGUUAGCAGCAAGGUUUUCAAAUUCAGGAAUGAUAAUGCCGUCAAUCAGUACUGCAACAAUCUUAGCCUGAAGAUCAAUGCAAAAAUGGGCGGAUUGAACUGUAAUGUUAACAACAGGUGGUUUCAAGAGCGUCCAACGAUGAUUAUUGGUGCGGAUGUUUCGCACGCCGCCCCUGGAUCCAAGUCGCCGUCCGUCUGCUCGAUGGUUUUCAGCCACAAUUUUGGGUCCUGCUCCGACUACUUCGCCGUCAGCGAUAUCCAAGCAACUCGUCAGGAAGUGAUCGAGGGUUUCGGUGGUCAAUUCGAAUAUGCCCUUCAGCGUUUCCACCAGUCUGCAAUGUCGACCAUUUCGAAUCCCGAUCCGAAGAUGAAGUAUCUCCCUUGGCGAGUGAUUAUCUACAGAGACGGAGUUUCUGAAGGGGAAUACGAGGCGGUGAUAAAUCACGAGUUAAAGGCAGUGAAGACGGUGUUGGCCAAGCUUCGUUCGGAUGCGAAAGUUACGUUCAUUAUCGUCACCAAGAGGCACCAUGUCCGCUUCUUCCCCUCGAGGAGCGACUACGGCGAUAAAACGGGAAAUUGCAAAGCUGGCCUUGUUGUGGAUAAUGGAAUUGUCCAUCCUGUUUACGAGGAUUUCUUCAUUCAAAGUCAAAAAGGUUUGGCUGGUACUUCCCGGUCCAGCCGCUAUGUUGUUCUUCACGAUGAUAACAACAUGACGAAAGACGAGUUGCAACGGCUCUCAUUCGAUUUGUGUCACGUCUACGCGCGAUCUACGUUGUCCGUCUCCAUUCCGGCGCCCGUUUAUUAUGCCGAUAUUGUUUGCUCUCGAUCGACGUAUCACUAUGAUCCAAACUUCCUCGAUAGUCAAAGCGUGGUCUCCGACGAUGUGGCCAUAAACCUCCAAGAAUGGAGGCAACACUUCAACCCUGUCGCCAAGCCGCUCCAAAAGCGGAUGUACUUCAUGUAAUGCUUUUGAAUAUCUUUCUUCAUCAAGUGCGUUUCAAAUUCUCGUUGUGCUAUGUCUCUGCUUGCUCGUUCAGUAGUGUUCACCACUUAAUGUGGUGUAUCUCUUGUGAUACAAAUACCUCUCUGUAAAAUAUCCUUGUCAAUACGUCCAAUUCGCCUUCGUGGCGCCGAAUGUAAAUUUCCAAGGUCACGGUACACAGUUUUGAUGUGGCCAUCGAUUCAAAAUAAAAGAUUGGUU